CGUAGUGACAAAGAUGCAUACAGAAUUGGCGCUGCCCGUAAUGGUAUAGUGCACAACCGACACAGUUGCGGAUCCUACGCUGAUUAAUAGACUGAGAAUAAGCGUAAUGCCAGAGAGUUGCAUCAGCCGAUCUGAUCGGGAAGUUCUCUGGAUUGCUCGCAUUAAAAGGACAUUAUAUGAGUAACGGACAAAAAACCUUGUACAUGUCCUUCUAUAUUGAUGCCAGAGCAAUCAUUAAAAGGCUAUCAUUGAGACAAGACUCUGAGUUCUCUGACAAGAAUACUGUAGCGGUCAGUGCAGAUCGAUCCAGCUAUAAAUCCUAAAUUAAACAUGGUCCUUCGAGCCGGAUGCUGACUACUGCAGAUAUGUCGUUGCCUGAUGAUAACCUGUCCAGUCUAAAUCAGUUAGCUGGGAGACCAGUGAGACAGAGUAAACUUCCUAAGCACCUGGACGACUAUGUUGUGGACUAUAAUUUUCCAAGGUCAACUAGUCUCCCACCAUGCUCACUAGAAACACAGCCAGAGCCUUCUGCAGUGGAAAAAGCAUUCUCACCGAGUAUGUCUACACCCGUACGACAAAUAGAGCAGGUACAAUCAAAGGAUAAAAUGUCCCUCAGAGAAUUAAUGGAGAACAUCUCUGCAGCUGAAAGGGAGGAGUCAGCUGAGAUUGCACAUCUUACAAGUAGACUGUCUCUUUAUGAGAAAAGGCAGCAGCGUCGACAGGAUAUGUUAAAACGCAUUAAUGCUUUCCUACUGGAGGAAGAAGCAGACAACCUCUCACUCCAAGAAGUUGAUAUAGCAUCUCAGAAGGGAGUACUUUCCCCUGAAUCUGAUCACAACAUUUCCUCGACUGCUCCACACAUCACAAAGACACCAGUUGACUUUCCAGAAUCUCAGCCUGAUAUAAUGAGCCCUAAACAAAUGAGAACCGAAUCACCUCUGAUUUCAUAUGUUCCACUCAUGCAGAACGUGGUCCAUAGUGCCAUAAGAGCUCAGUCUGCCCAGCAAACACUUCCACUGAAGGAAAUGAGUUCAAUCCACUCAGUUCCAUUAUCAUGCUUGGUUUCUCCACAAUUCCCUACAGCUCCUGAUACUGCUCUACAAGGACAGUUACUCCAACAAAAGCAAUAUGAAAAUAAGUCACCUCCUGAACUUAGAAGGUGCUUAGGAGUUGAGGGUGCCCCCUUUUGGUCCAAGCAGCAAUGGGCUACUAAUCCUCCAACUGGAUUACAUUCGAUGCAACACGCUGUACCUUCGGUUUAUACUGACUGUCAGCCCAAUUAUCCUGAUACACACAGAGAUCAGUACCCAGCACAACAAGUAGCUUGGCCACAGUAUAGCAAUUAUCAGGCUGUUCCUCCACCCGCCAUUAAUUUAUAUGGAGCACCAAAACCUUCCAUACCAGAUUUUGCUAUAGACAGUGAAAGAGAUUUCGCCAAUCUGAAACUAGCUUUGGAUAAUCUACUAGACUCUCACCCUGAGCUGUCAGAAAAAUACAAAUACCAUGUGCUGCUUGAACAUCUGAAGCUUCCAGAGGCUCAAAUGAUUGGACAGUCUUGUCGACAUGAAGCUCGGCCAUAUACAGCAGCAAUGCAGGCUCUACAGUUGCAUUAUGGACAACCACAUCAAUUAGCACAGAGCGAAAUAGCAGCCAUACUCAACACUUCAGAUGUGAGAGUCGGCGAUGCUAGUAGUUUUCAGUCAUUUGCUCUGAGGGUUCACCUUCUUGUUAGUAUGUUGCUGUCCCUGGAAGGCCCAAGAGGCAUUGAACUCAGCUGUUGUUCCCAUGUAGACAGGCUCCUCAGCAAACUUCCCAAGUAUCUCAGAGACAACUUCAUUGAGUUCCUACAGCUACAAGGCAAGCUGAACGUUGCCAGUCUCAAUCCAUACAAUCUUCAGGACUUCUCUGGUUGGCUGCAGGGUAAAGCUCAACAACAGCGUCUAUCCAGUAGACUAGUUGAACGUUAUCAGAAAGAGAAAUCCUCCUACUCACUUCAAGGAAGGGCUUCAACACAAUCAAAAAGACAGGGUGCUUCAGUCUAUCAUGGCACAGAGCCUCAAAUUGUCAAGACACCUAGGUCGGUACCUCAGCCCUCUCAAUGGAAGAAAUCCAAACUCCAUUGUCUUUUCUGUCACAGCAAAGAGCAUUACAUAACCCAGUGUGCUGAAAUAAAGGAGCAAUCUGCAGAAAACCUCAUGCAAUGGAUAGCAGAAGGAAAACGAUGCUGGAAAUGUGGCCGUUCCCACUGCCCAGAGGACUGUAACCUAAAGAAACCAUGUGGAAUCUGUGGGGAGAUACAUCUCCAAGUCCUUCAUGGAAUCGCUGAACAGCGAGCCAAGGUUAAGUCCACCAGUGCAUUAAAUAGUAGGAUCUACCUCACACCUUCUAGUCCCUCAGGCCGUGUACUACUGAAAGUUGUACCUUUGUUUCUACAUAAUAAAGACAGAACAAUGGCAACCUUUGCAAUAUUAGAUGAUGGGGCUGAACGUACCAUGCUUUUACCUGCUGCAGCUCGACAGCUUCAUCUGGAAGGGAAAGAGGAAACCCUAGCCUUACGCACUAUCCGUCCUGAUGUCACAUUCCUAGCUGGCUCAGUUGUAACCUUUGAUGUAUCCUCCAGAGCUAAUCCAGGAGUCAGGUACAGAAUUCAUAAUGCAUUCAGUGCAGAUGGAUUAGAUCUAGUGGAACAGAGCUACCCAGUUAAAGCUCUACAACGACGAUAUGCCCACUUGAGAGAUAUUCCACUGCAGUCAUUCAAGAAUGCUCAGCCCUUGUUGCUGAUUGGCUCAGAUAAUAGCCCCCUGAUCACUGCGGUGAAAACAGUUCAUGUAGGUACUCAGGAUGGACCAGUUGCAGUCUGUACAAAACUAGGCUGGGCUCUUCAAGGCCCUGAAGGUCUUAAAAAUCGUGCAAAUUACACCCAUCAGAGUCUUUUUAUCACCACAUCAACAGCCUCUGAUACCCUCUAUAGAGAUGUUGAGCGACUGUGGCAGCUGGAUUCUUUACCUUACCGCAGUGAAAAGCUGUUGACUCGUUCAAAACAGGACCAAGAGUCUAUCAAGACCCUAGACAGCAAAACCUGUAGGGUGCUAGUCGAUGGAAUUCAACGCUAUGCCACUCCCUUAUUAAGAACUGACAAUUCCCCCAAGCUGAAUGCUCCUCAUGAAUCUGUGCUUGCCAAUCUCCGCAGUACCGAAAAGAGACUCAAAGAUCAACCAGAGAAAGCAACCGCCUAUCGAGGUGAGAUGAACAGACUUAUUCAAGCAGGUUAUGUAAAAGAGAUCACAGCUAAAGAAGCUAAUGAAUCCGAGGAGUCAUGGUAUCUGCCACAUCACCUUGUCUACCAUAAUGGAAAGGCACGUUUAGUGUUCAAUUGUUCAUUCGUAUACAAGGAUACAUCUCUCAAUGAGCAGCUUCUGCCAGGACCAAACCUGGGACCAUCCCUCCUUGGGGUCCUACUGCGAUUUCGAAAGCACAGUGUUGCAAUCAGUGGAGACAUCAAGGGUAUGUUUCACCAGGUUCGCCUGUUACCCGAAGACAGACCCUUACUGAGAUUCCUUUGGCGUGAUUUGCAACGAGAGAUUCCUCCGCAAGUAUACGAAUGGCAGGUACUGCCAUUCGGGACAACCAGUAGUCCCUGCUGUGCUAUUUAUGCACUGCAGAAGCACAUCAAAGAACACCCACGCAGUACUUCCGACCUCAUUCAGACUGUUGAAUCCAGUUUCUACGUUGAUAAUUGUCUGGAGAGUCUACCUACUGCUGCAGCAGCCAAGACUAGGGUGGAUGACUUGCGGGAAAUAAUGGCGGAUGGUGGAUUUGAAAUUAGGCAGUGGACGAGCAACCAGUCAUCAGUAGUGGCACACUUACCAUCUGAUUCUAGAUCCAAGGACAUGGAAUUGUGGCUGAAACAUGAUCGGUGUGACCUUCAAGAACCCACAUUAGGACUCUGUUGGAACUGUGGAACUGACACACUGGGUUACAGAUACCGACCUAUCGAGCAUUCAGCAUUGACAAUGCGUACAGUUUACAAAAUUCUAGCGAGUCAGUAUGACCCUUUGGGUUUUAUUACGCCUUAUACAACCAGAGCUAAGAUUCUCAUACAGCAGCUAUGGUCAAAGAAAAGAGACUGGGAUGACCCAGACCUCCCUGCAGAUCUGCGUGAAUCUUGGAAUGUCUGGGAGAGUGAAUUACCCCACAUCGGUACAGUUUCAGUCCCACGUUGUUAUGUUCCUGAAGCAAUGGAUAAGCCUGGACUUGACCAUCACCUCCAUGUUUUCUGUGAUGCAUCAGAAAGGGCUUAUGGAGCGGUAGCAUACCUCUCUACAAUUCAUGAGGGCCUCACCAAUGUCUCAUUUAUUAUGGCCAGGUCAAAAGUGGCCCCUAAACGUCAACAGACCAUGCCACGGUUAGAGUUGUGCGCAGCGCUGGCCGGAGCACAGCUGGCAAAAUUAAUCCAGACAGAACUGUCAUCCUACUUACAACAGACCACAUUAUGGACAGAUUCUACAACUGUCCUAGAAUGGCUACAGUCGGAGUCAUGCCGGUUCAAGGUAUUUGUCGGCACUCGUGUAUCAGAAAUACAGGAACUGACAGAUCAGCGAUCAUGGCGUUAUGUCGACUCACUUAAUAACCCAGCUGACGACUUGACACGAGGCAAAACCCUUAUAGAGCUUACUUCCCCCAGCAGAUGGAGUAAAGGGCCACCUUUCCUUUGGCAAGCUCCAGAUAAAUGGCCUAAGAGACCACACAUGACUCAGCCAUCUAAGUCCAUUGAAUUGAAAGGUCUGACAUUCUGCAGUUUUGCAUCAGUACCACAGAAUAUUCCAGAUGCAAACCAGUUUGAUUCAUGGAAAGAUUUGGUCGAGGCUCUACGUCAGCAAUGUCACGGGGCGGCAGAGCCAAACCAGACUCAAUUGAUUAACAGUUACCGUGAAGCAGAAGCUUAUCUCCUACGAGCCUGCCAAGCACAAAGUUUUUCAGAAGAGCUCGUUUCUUUAAGAGCAGGCCGGCCAGUUCACAUUAGCAGCAAACUCAGAAAUCUAGCACCAGAGCUGGACCUGACAACAGACCUCAUCAGAGUAGGUGGGAGGCUAAGGCAGUUACAGCAGGUCAGUGACCUUGAUAUCCAUCCCAUUGUCCUAGACCCUCGUCAUCCCAUUACCAUGCUUCUUAUUAAAGACUAUGAUGAACGGCUGCUACAUGCUGGCUCUGAAAGAUUAUUUGCAGAAAUCAGAAGACAAUAUUGGAUCUUGAGAGGUCGACAAGUCAUUAAAAGGUACCAACUUCACUGCCCAGAUUGUCAAAGAUGGAGAGCACAGCCUAAAGUUCCUCAAAUGGCAGAUUUGCCAACAGCUCGCCUCCGCAUCUUCUGUCCACCUUUCUUCUCAACAGGAGUUGACUGUUUCGGGCCAUUUAUGACUAAGAUAGGCAGACGAAAUGAGAAACGGUGGGGAGUGAUUUUUAAAUGCCUGACGACACGUGCCAUUCAUUUGGAUCUCCUUAAUUCACUGGAUACGGAUGCCUUCUUACUAGCCCUCCGUAGGUUCAUUGCACGGCGAGGCAAACCAGCAGAAAUAAUUUCCGAUCAAGGCACAAAUUUCAAAGGAGCUGACAGGGAACUCCGAACAGCUUUUAAGGAACUGGAACCGCAGCUUCAACAACAACUAGUAGAUUACCAGAUCGAUUUCAAAUUCAAUCCUCCGAAUGCACCACACUUCGGAGGAGCAUGGGAGCGGGAGAUUCGUUCUAUCAAGAGUGCACUCCAGGUUGCCGUGGGAACUCAAUCACUGUCAGAAGACGUACUUCACACCAUCUUAAUUGAAGUGGAAGGUAUUCUUAAUUCUAAGCCUCUUGGAUACGUUUCUGCUGACGUGGCUAAUCCCGACCCUAUAACACCAAAUAUGCUUCUCAUGGGGCGCCGAGACGCUUCUUUGCCACAAGCAGUCUAUGCUUCGGAAACCAUAGGACGCCGUAGAUGGCGGCAUUGUCAGAACUUAAUAGAUCAGUUUUGGAUCUGUUACCUACGAGAUUACCUGCCAACCCUUCAGUCCCGCUACAAAUGGCAGCAACCAACUGAACCCAUUACCCUGGAUACAGUGGUGCUGAUAAUUGACCACAACCUACCACGAGCCCAAUGGCCUGUAGGUCGUGUGGUGAAACUCAUUCCAAGCAGAGAUGGUUGCAUUCGAACUGUUGAAAUUCAAGUACGGGAUAAAAUUUACACACGACCUGUAGCCCGUCUUGUCCCUCUUCCAGGACUACCAGAUAAUAUGGAAAAUCUGCAAACAUAAAGAAUUCCACUAAUUAACAUAUUUGCUACUCAAAUAUGGGGGCGGCUGUUCCGAAUUCUCCAUGUUUUGCGUAGUGACAAAGAUGCAUACAGAAUUGGCGCUGCCCGUAAUGGUAUAGUGCACAACCGACACAGUUGCGGAUCCUACGCUGAUUAAUAGACUGAGAAUAAGCGUAAUGCCAGAGAGUUGCAUCAGCCGAUCUGAUCGGGAAGUUCUCUGGAUUGCUCGCAUUAAAAGGACAUUAUAUGAGUAACGGACAAGUAAGUCCACUGUUAUUUGAAUAUUAAUGUUAUACUGCAAGUAUAGUUGUUGCAGAUACUGUUUCUAAGUUUAUUCAUGUAUAUUAACGUGACGUAUUUACCGCAUGUGAAAUACGCGCUGUAUUAUAUGCUGUCAAUCAUUUGAAGUUAAAAGUAGCGAUCGAUCACUGUGAUUUGUAUAAGUAGAAGAUACUUUAUGUUGUUUAUUAUUUAUAUAAUUUAUGUAACAUCUGCUAAUUAUUAUUUUUAUUUUGUUGUUCUAGAAAACCUUGUACAUGUCCUUCUAUAUUGAUGCCAGAGCAAUCAUUAAAAGGCUAUCAUUGAGACAAGACUCUGAGUUCUCUGACAAGAAUACUGUAGCGGUCAGUGCAGAUCGAUCCAGCUAUAAAUCCUAAAU